AUGGCGAUGGAUGUCGAGUCCAGCCGCAACCUGACAUGGAAGUCUGCGUGGAUGAAAGACAGUGGCAAGAGAAACAGCUACUACGCGUCUAUCGCCAAGUGCAUGGCUUCUCGUGCGGCCGUCUCAAAUGCCAACCUGUAAGUCACGCUUGACCGAUUAUGUCGCAGGACGUGCCUUGAUGCGUUUGCUGACCUUUUCAUCAUUACGUCAUUACGUCCGAUAGUGCGGUCCAAGUCUUUGGUGGUAUGGGCUUCAACACGGAGUCUCCCGUCGAGAAGCUGUACAGAGAUGCGAAGAUCUACGAGAUCUACGAGGGAGUGAGUUUAACGCAGCGUCCAUUGCUUGCCAGUCACGAGCGACCCGACGCUGAUUCUCGCAUCCACUUGUGCUCGCCACACGUUCCUAGACCUCUCAAAUUCAACGCUUGAUUGUCAGCAGAUUCGUGGAGGACGCAUACAAGCCUUAG